AUGAGCAGACCUACCAACGAAGUCACCAUACAGAACUCUGCACUUCUCAUAGCGUACGAAAUUAUUGCUACAAAGGGUGCCUAUAUACACCAUACAGUGAAAAUGUUCAUCGUCCAGAUACUCUUGGAUAUUGCUGUCUGGCUGCUAGGCUUUACUUCUGCACUCGUACCAGAAGAAGCAGCCCAUGAAGGACACCCGCCCACAGAACGCGCUGAGAUGUCAGAUGCUCCUAAUUUUGAACACCCUUUGCCAUACGAAGGGGCCGAGGAGGACUUAGAGCCAGAUACGCCGGAAAAUAUGACCUGGAUUAUGGACUAUCCUUCACAUCCCCCGCUAUAUUUUUCCUCCAGUACCUCAUCUCAGAGCUCCUCCUCACAAGAGUCUUAUUUAGAGAUCAUUUCGAGCCUCGAGGCCUUGUGGGAUGACUGGGACCCACAGCCGGAGGAAAUAGACUACCCUGAUCGGCCAACUACUCCAGGCAUCCUGGAAACUACUUUGGCAAACGACACAGGCUCGCUCUUUUCGCGUUCAGACACUGACGCCGAAUCAAGCCAACCUAUGUCACCCCGACCAGCCACCCUGGAUAGCGAAUACUACAUCUUUAACCCAACAGGGGAUCUAGAGAUGAGUGAUACUGGGUUAUAG